AUGAAGCAAAUUCGAGAAAAUGUUUUGAAUGAAACAAAAAGUACAAAUGCAGUUUAUUCUCAUCUUACGAAUAGGAGCACCAAAGUUAUAUAUGGUGCGCCUCCUAAGACCACAUCUACAACUCAAAAAUCAAGUCCAUCAAAGUUACCAAAACUUAUUCCAAGAUCACAAACAAAACAAGAAACGAGAUCAGUUAUAAAUGUUUUGGAACCAAAUUCCGAGAACAAUUAUAACUUUCCAAAGAGAAAAACCGCUGCUUCCCGAAUUUAUAAUCCUGAUCGAUUAAAGAUUUACGAUAUCGGUCAUCGGGAGAAAGAUAUAGCUGUUCUCUCGGGAGCCAGGUUUUCUGAAGAGUCUUUAAUUACAAUUUAA